AUGCCCGUCUGUGGCGUCAACCUCGUCACCACCCAUCUGUACACGCUCUUCUCCGUUCCAGCCGCCUCUCCUCCAUCCAACCAGCUGCCUCUCGGUCUCCGACAACCCUCUGCUGCUAUCUGUGAGUUUCCCUCCUCCUCCUCUCACACUCACUCCCCCUUCUGCCCUCCUCCUUCUACGCUUCUCUCAUGUGCGUCUCGUCUUGUCUCUCCCUUUUAG